GGUGUCACCGCAACCGUGUAAUCGUGAAACUGACGUCUGCAGAAUAAAAUUUUGUUGUGUUGGCAGGUUGACACAUCUCCCGUUGCUGGAAAUCGCCUCUUCUCCCACAAGACAUGAUGCUGAAGGCUGUUAUAUUAAUCGGAGGCCCCCAAAAAGGUACUCGUUUCCGUCCUCUAUCCCUCGAUGUUCCAAAGCCAUUGUUCCCAGUGGCUGGCUUGCCCAUGAUCCAGCACCACAUAGAAGCAUGUGCUUCAGUUCCAGACAUGAGGGAAAUUUUGUUGUUAGGUUAUUUCCCAGCACAGCAGUUGCAGCAGUUUGUAGCAGAUAUGAUUGCCACUUAUAAAAUUAGGAUAAGAUACCUCCAAGAAUACCAAGCAUUGGGCACUGCUGGUGGUAUUUACCACUUCCGUGACCAGAUCAGUUCAGGUAAUCCAGAUGCCUUCUUUGUGCUAAAUGGAGAUGUUUGUGGCGAUUUUCCUCUCAAAGACAUACUCGAAUUUCACACUAGCCUGUCAACCCCUUCUCUUAUAACGAUCAUGGGUACUGAAGCUACUAGACAGCAGUCGACGAUGUACGGAUGCAUAGGUAGUGCUGAAAUUGGCGAAAAAAAACAGCAGUUCAGGUUAAAUCUUGUAUUGUUAUCACAUCAAAAUUAUUUAUGGUAUUUCUUUUUCAGUGAUGACAGUGAACUCACAGAAUCUAUUCAGCUUGAACAAGAUAUUCUUAUGCCAAUAGCUGGUACAGGACAGGCAUUUGUAUAUUCUACUGACAGAUGGUGGUCCCAGAUUAAAACAGCUGGUUCAGCAAUCUAUGCAAAUCGCCACUAUUUACAGCUGUACCACAAGCUGAAGAAGGAACGCUUAGCUGUAAAUGGACCUGACAAGCCUACCGUUGUUGGUGAUGUGUAUAUUCAUCCAUCUGCCACUGUUGAUCCUACUGCAGUUCUUGGACCAAAUGUGAGCAUUGGAAAAAAUGCAGUCAUAGGGGCUGGUGUUCGCAUUCGGGAGUCAAUUGUGCUUGGGAACAGCACCAUUGAAGAGCACAGCUGUGUCUUAUAUACUGUUGUCGGAUGGAACUCGACUGUUGGAUCAUGGACUCGACUGGAAGGAACACCAUGUGACCCCAAUCCAAACAAGCCUUUUGCGAAGAUGGAUAAUGUACCCCUUUUCAACAGUGAUGGCAAACUCAACCCUUCAAUUACAAUUCUUGGUUGUAAUGUGACUGUUCCACCCGAAAUAAUUGUGUUGAACUCCAUUGUCCUGCCAUACAAAGAUCUCGCAAGCAGUUACAAGAAUGAGAUCAUUCUUUAAAGAAAACUAAUCUAGUAUUGAAAUCUCUGGUCUUGUCAUUUUUCUUUUUUGUUAUGCAGUAUUAGGUUUUGCUCAUGCCUAGAGGAUCCAUAAUUAUUAUUUUUAUUCAGAUGUGAAAAGAAGAUAUUUUGAAUUUUAAUAAUUAAAAUACUAAAAAAUAA